UAAAAUCAAUCGUGGCCAAUCAAAAUUUAUCUGGCCCUGCAAUCCUGUGCACAAGAGCUUCUUUCAUUUAGACAUCAAACUAGAAGAGUGUGUGCCUGCCUCGCUCUAGCUUCUCUGUCUGGUCACAAUUUAGCGCUACCAAACAUGUCACAGGCGGUGCUUGCAGCUGCUUCCUCCUCCUCCUCCUCCUCCUCUUGCUUCCCCACCUUCAACAGGCACCACUCGACAAGAACUCCACAGGUCACUACUCCAAAACAAUUGCCAUCAAUUCAAUGCCAGAAAUCUAGCUUCCAAGGAUUGUCACUUGGAGAAGCCAAACGGGGAGUGCUAUAUUCUCUGGUAGCAGAUUUGAACAAUAGGAGUGGUUUAGGCAACAACGUAAGAAGAGGGCUUAGGGUUACAGCAAGAACUGCUGGGGCAGCCAAGUCGAUCGAGGCUGAGGUGGACAAGCCUUUAGGCCUCACUUUGGGGCAAAAGCCCGGAGGUCCUGUUACCAUCACUGCUGUGGAUGGAGGUGGGAAUGCAGCAAAGGCAGGGCUCAAGGCAGGGGACCAGGUGAUCUACACCAGCAGCUUCUUUGGUGAUGAAUUAUGGCCAGCAGAUAAACUAGGGUUUACAAAAACUGCCAUCAAUGCCAAGCCAGACUCUGUUUACUUUGUUGUUAGCAGAGGUGGUGCUGCUGUCGACGUUAAACGCCUACCAAAGCGUCCGGCUCCACCUCGUUUUGGACGGAAACUAACCGAGGCUCAAAAGGCCAGAGCUACCCACAUAUGUCUUGACUGUGGAUUCAUAUACACAUUACAGAAGCCUUUUGAUGAGCAGCCGGAUUCGUACACAUGCCCUCAAUGUAUAGCACCAAAGAAGCGGUUUGCACAAUACGAUGUCAACACCGGGAAAGCCAUUGGCGGCGGUUUGCCUCCGAUCGGCGUCAUCAUUGGCCUAGCGGUUGGUCUUGCCGGCGUCGGAGCUUUGCUUGUAUAUGGUCUUCAAUGAGCACACAGCUAAAUACUUGCAUUUUAUUAAAUUAUACUAAUACCCUCGAUCAUGUAUCAGUUGUUGCAACAGGCCUAUAUAUUCUAGAAAACGUAAAAACACCAUGGAGUUUUUGAGAUUUAAAUUAUCAAUUCAAGAAGGGUAGCGUCUUUCUUUCUUAA